GUUCCAGCAACUGACGACGGCUGCGGACCAAUAGGCCGGAAGGGUCACCAGACCCGCAACGUUAAUUCUAUUUUCUCCUUCACAGAUGCUGCCAGACCUGCUGAGCUUUCCCGGCAAAUUUCUCCUUGUUCCUGAUUUACAGCAUCCGCAGGUUUUUUUUUGUUGUGGAAAGGACGCAAGGGACGGGGCUGGAGGAUCGAGACGAGGAAGCUGCUCCGACGACCAGAGUGAACAAGGGGCAGGGCUGGUGGACAGACGGGCGUGAAAGCGGUCAGAAAGGGAAGCCGUGAUAAGUUUGACAAACUCCAAUCAUUCUCAAUGCGUAGAAGAUCAAAUCUCGAAGAAGCAGAUGGGACAACUUAAGAAACAGCGGGGAAGUAAACGACGAUGUUUCUUUGCCAAAUCAUUUAUAUAAAUCGAGCAAGAAAAUUAGCUUGAUAUCCGCAUUUCGAUGUUAAUAGCGCUGUUCUAACCGACCGUUCAUUGCAGAUGUGAAGAUGCUCCGUUCAGGACAAGAGGCUCACACGCAGGCGCACUGAGGACAGUAUGUGGAGCAUGCGCAGUAUCACUUUGAUCAGGACUGUGAGGGACAUCGAGCUUUUCCUUCCAGCAGCUGCGAUCUCCGGCACAAAGUGGGCGGGGGGAGGGGGCGGCAAGGGUGUAGGUAUGUGGCAGCUUGCAUGGGAGAGCUGAGCGGAGAGACUUCAUGAACACCUCGUCUGGUCGCAAACAUUGAAUAAGAACCUCCAAAGUCCCGCGUCAGGGAGCCGCGGUCUUUAUCCCGGGAAAAGGCCCAGGUUGACGUUAUCCAUCUUGGUGAAGGCACCGGAAGCGUACGCGAGCUUGAUGGGCGCAUGCUUCAUCGUGUUAAGAUGCAGCAGUGCGCGUGCGCAGCGUCACGGUGGGCGAAUGUCACGAGGGGGGAUGGUUCAGUGAGUGAGGAGACAGGCAGCAGAGGAUGGACACUGACCUCAACUACAGGGAGGGUGAAUGUUAUUAGCUGGAAAUGGUAUGCGAAGAGGAUGAUAUGCAGCCAUGAAACUGAAACCAGUCACCACAUCAUGAUCUAAUGGAGUCACCCAAUUUAUCACAACCAGAGUACCAACAGCUUUUUACCAUGGAAAGGGAAAGCACCGUUCAAGGUGGCGAGAGCAAGUACACAUGUUCUGUGUGCAAAAAAGGCUUCAGCCAGUCAACUAGGCUCAAGAAGCAUAAAUGCAGUCACACUGCAGAGAAGCCAUGGAAAUGCGGGGACUGUCAGAAAGGGUUCAGUCACCACUCUGCACUGAAAAUUCACCAACGCGUUCACACUGGGGAGAGGUUGUUCACCUGCUCCCUGUGUGGAAAGGGAUUCACUCAGAUUUCCACCCUGCUCACACACCAGCGAGUUCACACUGAGGAGAGACCUUUUAAAUGUCCAGACUGUGCGAAGUGCUUUAAAAGCUCUGGUGAUCUGAUGUCUCAUCAACGUGUUCACACUGAGGAGAGAAGGUUCAGAUGCUCGGAUUGUGGGGCUGGCUUCAAAUGGUCGUCCCAGCUCACCGUUCAUCAGCGCAUUCACACUGGUGAGAGGCCAUUCACCUGUUCUGAAUGUGGGAGUGGAUUCACUCAGUCAUCUCACCUCAAGGCACACCAGCAGGUUCACACUGAGGAGAGACCUUUUAAAUGCCCAAACUGCACAAAGUGCUUUAAAAGUUCCAGCCGUCUGCAGUCCCAUCAACGUGUUCAUACUGAGGAGAGACCUUUCAAAUGUUCAGACUGUGGAAAAUGCUUUAAAAGUUCUGGGGAACUGAUGCUCCAUCAACGUAUUCACACUGAUGAAAGACCAUUUAGGUGCUCUCACUGUGGGACUGGGUUUAGGAGAUCAUCACAACUCACUAUACACCGGCGUCUUCACACUGGGGAGAGGCCAUUUAUUUGUUUUGAAUGUGGGCAGGGAUUCAUUCAGUUCUCCACCCUCUUGACACACCAGCGAGUUCACACUGGGGAGUGGCCAUUUACCUGCCCUGAGUGUGGGAAAGGAUUCAUUGAGCCAUCUCACCUCAAGGCACACCAACGAGUUCACACUGAGGAGAGACCUUUCAAAUGUCAAGAUUGUGGGAAGUGUUAUAAAAGCUCUGGGGAGCUGAAGUUACACCAACGUAUUCACACUGACGAGAGACCAUAUAGCUGCUCUCUCUGUGGGUCUAGGUUCAGAUGGUCAUCUCAACUCCAUGCACACCAGCGCACUCACACCGGAGAGAGACCUUUCACCUGCUCUGAGUGUGGGAAGGGAUUCACUCAGAAAAUCCACCUCCUGACGCACCAGCGAGUUCACACAGGGGAGAGACCUUUUAAAUGUACAGAUUGUAGGAAGUGCUUUAAAAGUUCUGGUGACCUGAUACGCCAUCAACGUGUUCACUCUGACGACAGGCCUUUUUCAUGCCCAGACUGUGGGAAAUGCUUUAAAAGUUCUGGGGAGCUGAUGCUCCAUCAACAUAUUCAUACUGAUGAGAGACCAUUCAGAUGUACUCACUGCGGGACUGGAUUCAGACGAUCAACUCAACUGACAGUACAUCAGCGAGUUCACACUGGAGAGAGGCCAUUCAUCUGCACCAAGUGUGGGAAAGGAUUUACUCAGAAAUCCCACCUCGUGGCACACCUGCAGAGGCAGCAGAGAGUUCAUAAAUAAUGUCAGGAGCUGUUUUUCUGUUAAUCACAUCGAGGUCUGAAGGAUUUUCACUGGUAUCUUUAACAACUAAUGUUGAAAAAUCCCAGUCCAGUUUUAUGUGAUAAAAUGUUACAGGUAAAGAUGUAUAGUUGGACCUCCUAUUUAACAUAAUUAGCGGAACCUACUUAAUAUCCCAAUGACCCCCUUUUGAAUGUAAGAUGUGCAUGUACAUGAAUAAUACAGUAAUAAUGGGUGACUGCCAUUUCGAUGCAGGUUUGGUGGACCUAAUCAGUGUGAAUGUUGUGAAGAUGAAUUUCUGUCAUGUGUUCAAGAAUCAAAAGGACAAUUAUGAAUCAGGCUGUUUUAUAUUCAGUAUUAUGUAAUUAGAAUGAAUAAUUAAUAGUUUUGCUGUUCACGAGUGUGGGAAAUAUUGACCACAAAAUUGUUGAAUUUUUAUCAGGUUUGAAAGUGUUAGCUCAUUCUGGAAUUAGGGUGACAAAUCUGAACAGUGGAAGGUGCCCAUGAUGGAUUGGCAAAAUACACAAAAUGAUUUCAAGAAGCAUAUCAGGGCCUGCGAUAAUUAUGCAUUCUUCUCAACCACAAAUACAAAGCAAAAAAUGAAUCCACUGUGGCUAAAGAAACAACGUAAAAUUUGUAUUCAAUCAAAAGAAAUGGCUCAUAAGGUUGCAAGAAAAAGUGGUAAAGCAGAGUCUUGGAAAAAACCUAGAACCCAAUGAAGGAUGACCAAAAAUAAUUGAUACAGGGGAAUAGAGAAAACGCAGCGAAGCUCACAAGAAACAUAAAAGUAGACAGUAAAAUUUCCAUUGAUGUGUAAAAUGGGAAAGAUGUAAAAGCUCACUGAAUUGGCACCCCAACUAUCACCUUCAACAUACACACCCUCAUCACUGCCACACAAGUAGAGGAACGUACCAGCUGGAAGAUGCAUUGCAGUAACUCAUCACGACUCCUUUGACAGUACCUUGCAAACCUGCAACCUCUGCCAUCUCGGAAGUCAAAAACAGCAGAUGCAUGGGAAUGCUACAUACUGCAACUUCUAUCCCAACCUAUAGUCCAUCGUAACUUAGACCGGAAUCACUGUUCUUUCACCAUGAUUUAAUCGAGAUCCUGGAAUUCUCUUCCUAACACCACCAUGGAUACCCCAAUAUCCCAAGGACUGCAGACAUUCAAGAAGACAGCUCAUCACCACCACCUCCUACUGUACGGUUAGGAUGGGCAAUAAAUGCUGAGCUACUCUUCAAAAUCCACAAACCAUAAACAAGUUAAAAAGGAUCGGAUUGUCACUUCACUGAUAUUGAGUGUUUAUAAUGGAUACUGUUGGGAAAAUAGGUUAAAUUACUGUUUAAGAUCCAUCAAAAUUGAUAUACAU